AUGGGCGGUGAUAGACUAGAGAACAAGACCUCUGUCUCCAUAGCGUCCUGGAGCAGUGUGAAUGCCAGGAUGGAUAACCGUUUUGCUACAGCAUUUGUAAUUGCCUGUGUGCUUAGCCUCAUUUCCACCAUCUACAUGGCAGCCUCAAUUGGCACAGACUUCUGGUAUGAAUAUCGAAGUCCGGUUCUAGAAAAUUCCAGUGAUUUGAACAAAAGCCUCUGGAGCGACUUUGCUAGUGACGAAGCAGAUGAAAAGACUUACAGUGAUGCACUUUUUCGAUAUAAUGGCACAAUGGGAUUAUGGAGACGGUGUAUCAGUAUACCCCAAAACGUAUAUUGGAAUAACCAAGAAAGGACAGAGUCAUUUGAUGUGGUCACAAGAUGCACAAGUUUAACGCUAACUGAGCAGUUCAUGGCAAAAUAUGUUGAUCCUGGAAACCACAAUUCUGGGAUUGAUCUACUUCGAACCUAUCUUUGGCGCUGCCAGUUCCUUUUACCUUUUGUGAGUCUAGGUUUGAUGUGCUUUGGGGCUUUGAUUGGACUUUGUGCUUGUAUCUGCCGAAGCUUGUACCCCGCCAUCGCCACAGGCAUUCUCCAUCUCCUUGCAGGUCUGUGCACACUGGGCUCAGUGAGUUGCUAUGUUGCUGGAAUUGAGCUACUCCAUCAGAAACUGAAGCUGCCUGAGAAUGUGUCCGGUGAAUUUGGAUGGUCCUUCUGCCUGGCCUGCGUCUCAGCUCCCUUACAGUUCAUGGCUUCUGCUCUCUUCAUCUGGGCAGCUCAUACCAACCAGAAAGAGUACACCUUAAUGAAGGCAUACCGUGUGGCAUGA